GCUAAUGGAUUCAGAAAACGACAGUGUUAAAAGCCAUACCGAAUCCGAGGAAGACGAUUUAGGCUGUUAUUUUCUGCAACCAUCCUCAGCACCGUACAACAUCACGGAGAAGGUGCAGCAAGCAAACGUUGACUUAUUCAAUACCCAAGAGAAUCGAAACGUAGAAAAGACAGCCAAAGUAAAAUUUCGAGAACUGAUAUCAUUCGAACCAGAUCUAACAGAUGAUGAUGUCAACAGUAUAGAAAGCGAUCGCACAGAGCUGUCACUCGAAGCCCGUCCAACGAUCUUGGAAUACAAAACGACCAUCAACAGUGAACAUUUAACCAUAUUUAAUAUUGAGGAGGACGUGGAAGAAUUGGAUGAAGUCCUCGAAGAUGUAGACAGUGACACUGAGUACAAACCCGAGAUCAAAGUUAGCACUGCCGUCGCUGAGAAAACAGUUGAAGGUGAUAAAACCGCUUCGUCUAGAAAAGAAUCUAGCAAGCGUAAGAGAAUGUCAAAGAGUAAAGCGGCUUUCCUGAACCCCCAAGAAGUGAACUGUAAGGAUCACUGCGUAGACAGACUUGAUUACGAUUUGUCUGUGUCCAUCAGAAAGCUCGAAAUCCAAGACAAACUAACCCUGCCGCCUCUUCAAUUAUUGCAAAGGAAAUGCUGUGACGAGGCCAAGAAGAAGAUCCACCUGAACCUGCCGCAGUACAACGGAUUGAGGUCUGAGUACGGCCUCACAUCUAGACAGCUAGAAAAGAGGGAAAAGCAAAAGGAGAUGUUGAAAAUGAGAGACCGCUUGCAUCAACAACUGAUGGAGGAAUACAAGCGUAGGAAGAUUCAGCAGAAUGAAGAAGUGUUCUGCCAGUGGCUGAAGGAGGUGUCUAAGAGAAAAUCCGAGAAGAAAUCUACCAAUAAGAGAGCUGCUAGCGCGAAAUUAAACAGUGGCGUUAGUAAACCAGAGAAGAAAAUUACGGAGAGACCCAAAACGGCCAACGCGUUCGUCCCCAGAACGAAACCUAGGAAGAAACGACGGCCACAGUCUACAAACGCACGUGUCUACAUCGAAGUUCCAAGGAGUUGCCUGGAAAAACAUCUGCGUAUCGGCGAUCUGACUAUCACAAACUCGAAACUGUUUUCCAGAAACGUACACAUUAUUACGAUUUCAUAAUAACAACCAAUAGUGGGUGUAUUAAAUUAUUAUUUGAGAUUUUUUCUUGUAGUAACAGAAAUUAAAUUAAAAAAAAUAA